GUGAAACAAGUCGUAUCGGGACUGAGUACAAGCCUCAAGUGCAAUUGCAAGUCAAAACAUUGUGCUAAUUUUACCAAGAUCCAGCAGCAUUGAUUAGACCAUGCGCAGCUUUUUUGUUUACUACCUGAAAAUACUAUGGCUAAUUGCUUUAGCCCAACAAUUGACCGGUAGUGCCAUCAAAACUACCAGCGAGAAGGCUUAUAAAAAGCUAAUGUCAUUGCGCUCUCUAGCAUUUGAAGACUGCGGUUCUUUGUAUAAAGUGAACUACCUGAACAUUGACGGCUGCUCUAAAACGCCUUGUCCUAUGGCUCGCAAUUCGUCUGUUAAGGUUACGGUGCUCUUCGAUGAUAACGGCAAUGGCGUUAGCUUUCUGAAGCACGAAGUGAGCUGGUUGUUUACCUAUUCUACAAAGGCGGCGGUUAUCACGCCCGAUCCAUGUGACGGGGAUCAUCAUUGCCUUGUGAGCUUAGCCGAGGGCAAGAGCUAUUGGGCCAACAUAUUUGUGACUCCCACACUGCCUAUUCAGAUGAGAGGCAACAUGAAAUGGGAGGGGCUAAGCGAAACCAAGCAAACUUUGAUAUGCUUUGAGGUGCCUGUUGUUAUCACACUUUAAACUCGCUUACUAUAUACAAUAGUAUCUGCUCUCUUUAUCUCUUUCUCUAUGCUUAUUUAUCAUAUGUAAAAAUAAAGUAAUUGGUG